AUGCGACUAUUAGCAUUUUUGUUGGUUCUUUCUCUAGCAAUCAUUGAAGAGUGUAGAGAGACUGCAGCCUUGAAAUCUUCCAAAACUAAAAAUCCAACAAAUGUAAAGACAACUGCUGCACCUGUGAAAAGUACCCCUGAACAUACUGCAAGUGUACCGGUAGUUCAAAAGAAGAAAGGGGUAUCAAAACCAACAAUUCCAACAUCUGCCAAAGACAGAAAGCCAAAAUCCGCCAAAGGCAAAACACGUGGAAAGAAGUUUGUUUCCAAACCAAAACAGUCAACAUCUAAAAAUGGUACACAAAUCAAGUCAGGAAAGCCACGAAAGAAAAGUGAAAUUCAUGUCAUCGGAAUUCAUGCGGACACCUCAGAUCUAAAUAAGAACAAUACUCAAAGUAAAUCAAAGACCAAUGUCACAUACACAAAAGCAGAAGACAAUAUGCCCAAGGAUUACACCAUUGUCGGAGAGUACAAGAUAUUUAAAUAUGAAGACGAUCACAUCAAGAAGGAUGAUUGUCCACCCUAUUGGCACAAGUAUGACGGGAACUGCUAUCUCUUCAGCAGAGAUCGCCUAAAUUGGUAUCUUGCAUCAAUGAAAUGUUUCAAUCUUGGUGGCUUUCUGGCAACAGUGGAAAGUUCUCCUGAAAACACCUACAUUAUAAACCAACUCAAUGCAUACAAGAUUACAAGAGGAGCAUGGAUGGGACUAAACACCGUUCUGUACCCACAAAAACAUAAGUGGUAUUGGGGAUUUUCCGGAAAACGAAAUUUUGGCUUUGACUGGUAUGGGUUCGAGCCAGUUUAUAAGAAGAAAGGCGAUUAUUUGUGUGCAAUCUUCUGGAAAACAUAUCAUUUUCAUUGGCACGUGGGAAGCUGUUCCCAGAAAAACUAUUACAUAUGCAAAAUUAAACUGAAGGAGCCUUGCUCAUGCACAUUCUGAAAAUUGG